GCAAGUUGCAGCUGAUCUCCGAGUUGAGGUGUCUUACUGAGCGGGUGCUGACCCGUGAUAGAUCCGCCUGUGUGAUACCGGGGAGCGGGCUGUGAUUGUGCGCCUGGAGCCCCGGCAGACGACAUCUCACCACCGGUGACCGGAGCCCUGCUGCAGGAUCGGGAUGGACACGGAAUGGACGGUGCUGCUGCUCACCUGUCAGCACAAGGACAGCGCCCAGGCCUUCCAGAGAGAACUUGAGAUCAGACAGCGCCGGGGUGUUCUGCCCGCCGAGACGCUCAUACUGACUGUGGAAGACCCGCAGGGUCACGUGGGGAGUGGGGGUGCCACCCUGAAUGCGCUCCUGGUGGCUGCAGAGCAUCUGAGUGCCCGGGCUGGAUACACGGUAGUUUCCUCUGAUGUCCUGCAGGGGGCGCGUCUGCUGAUCCUGCACACGGGCCGGGAUUUCCUCUUUGAUGACUGUGGACGAGGUUUAACCGCCCUCCCUGUGGAGGAUCCCCUGACGGCAGUGGAUUCUGUCACCUGUAACAUGGACAGCCUGCUGAGCACACUGAGGCACCAGCUGUGUCCAGAGUCUCCUCCCGGUGUGUGGAUCUGCAGCACGGACAUGACACUGACCCUUCACACCAAGCCCCGAAUUAACUGGACGGAUUUCCGGGGGGCUCGUGUCUUCUCGCUGCCAGGAACCCCAGAAUAUGCCAGGAACCAUGGUGUGUACCGGACGGAUGGGCAGGGGAUCGUGAGAGACAUUGUGUACCGCGGCUCCACCGAGCAGAUCCUGGCCUGUCUCCAGGACUCGCAGCACGUUCCACUGGUCUCCGGCAUCGUCUUCCUUUCCACAGAGACUGCAGAGAGUUUCCUCAGCACUCUCGCUGUGGCCCCUCUGGAUGGCUGUACAUACCAAGGUCUAGAUUCUGGGGCCGAGCCCCUUGAGGUGUCUCUGUUCCUGGACAUUCUGAUGAGCAUGUGUCACGAUGUCACUGAAGAGACCUUCCUGUGCGGAGGCCGUCCCAUCAACCAGAAGUUAAGGAACGCACGGUCUGUCCUGUGGAGGGAGCUGCAUGACCUCCCCCUCAGUAUGGUCUACAUCCCAGACGGCAGCUACGAGUACCUGUCCCCGUGCGCCCGAGAUCACAUUGCUAAUAUGGUCAGAUUGGCCUCAUCCGGGGGCAACCACUUAAAGAUGGCGCACUGCUCGGUUACGCAUCCAGAGCUGGUAGAAGAUGGAAGCUGCGUGAUCAACAGCCGCCUGCGCGGAGAGGUCACCGUGUCCCGGGGAAGUGUGAUUCAGAACUGUCACCUACAGGGUCCCCUGGGUGUGGGCAGCGGGUGCCUCCUGACUGGCAUUGACCCCUCGGCCUCCUCAGCUCUUCAAGGUUGUCACCUGAAGGAUGUUAUUCUACAAGCACAUUCCAUCCGAGUGCAGUCCCUGCCAUUGAUGGUGUACAGUCUUCUGGGGACAGAGGACCACCUCGAGCUCCCAGCUGAGGGGGGAUCGCCCUCAUUUCUCAAUAUACCUUGGAGUGAAUUCUUUCAGCGUACCGGGAUUUGCGAGAGCGACCUGUGGGGUUAUGAGGGCAGCAGUAAGCCGAGCGUGUUAACUGCUCCCCUGUUCCCCGUCCUUCACCCCUCUCACACACUGGGAGUGGGGGAUGUCCUGUGGUUCCUCAGUCCAAAGACCCAGAGCACUCAGCAGCACCUUCAGCGCUGGCGCAGCUCCUGGCGCAUGUCUUGGCAGCAGAUCCGGCGGCAUCUUGACCAGGAGGGAACAUUACAGGCUCGCAGGGAGCUGUUCUUCAGCCAGGCUCAGGACAAAGUGCAGAGGAUCCUCCUGGGCAGGGAGGAGAGGAGUCUGAUGCCCAUCAUCCGAGCGGCAGUGGUGGAGGGCACCCAUCACAAGCUGCUAGACACAUUGGACACUGUGGCCUCUGUGACAGGUGAUGCUGGCGUGGCUGCCCGGGCCCUCGCCUGUGUGGCUGACCUCCUGGGCUGUAUGGCGGGCAGGGAAGGAGGACUGAGGAGUGGGCCGGCUGCUAACAAGGCCUGGGCUGCUGCCUACCUGCUGCUGGAAAAAGGCAAUGUGACGCAGGGUGUGACACUGCUGGCCGAAGAGCGCGGAAGGUGGCUGCACAGACCGGCCAUGCUGAUCCGCGCUGCUCGUCAUUAUGAAGGAGCGGAGCAGAUUUUAAUUCGCAGAGCAGUGAUGUCUUCUUUUAAGUUUAUAUCUGUUGGUGAUAAGGAGCUGCCUCGUCAGGGUCGGUGGUUGACUGCAGAGUGUCCAGCGCGCAUCGAUAUGUCAGGAGGCUGGAGCGACACCCCUCCGAUCACAUAUGAGCAUGGUGGGGCGGUAGUCAACGUGGCCAUACUGGUGGAUGGUCAGAGGCCCAUAGGCGCUCGAGCUCGACGGAUCCCUGAGCCCCUGCUUCGUCUCCACAGUAAGAGUGGCCCUCCCGGAGCUGAAAUCCGCACGCAGCUGACAUGUGGGAGUCUGGCCGAGCUGCAGGAUUACUGCCAGCCUCAGGCUCCAGGGGCGUUACUGAAAGCCGCCUUCAUCUGCUCGGGGACGGUGAACCUGACGUGCGAGAAGCCCUUGUCUGAACAACUUGCUGAGAGGUACGGUGGUGGGUUUGAGCUGCAGACGUGGUCUAACCUGCCACACGGAUCUGGUUUGGGAACGAGCAGCAUCCUGGCUGGGGCAGUAAUGGCGGUGCUGUAUGAGGUAUCGGGGAGGUCAGUGGACUCCCAAUCUCUGAUCCAUGCCGUUCUUCACCUGGAGCAGGUGCUUACGACAGGGGGCGGCUGGCAGGACCAGGUUGGGGGGCUGAUUCCGGGAGUGAAGAUCGGCCGCUCAGCACCAGAACUUCCUCUUCAUGUAACGGCUGAGCAGCUCCAGUUGCCUGAUGGGUUCUUGGAGAAGUUGAACCAACAUCUCCUACUUGUGUAUACAGGAAAGACCCGCCUCGCCCGCAAUCUGCUGCAGGAUGUUCUCAGAAAUUGGUAUGCUCGCCUCCCCGAUAUCCUGCAGAACGUGGACGCACUGGUGAACAACGCGGGACUCUGUGCGGAGUCCUUCCAAAGAGGGGACAUGCAGCUACUUGGACGCUGCCUCUCCACAUACUGGCAGCAGAAGAAGUGCAUGGCGCCCGGCUGUGAGCCGCUGGCGGUACGGAGGAUAAUGGACUUGUUGGAGCCUCACGUGCACGGGCAGAGCCUGGCAGGGGCUGGUGGAGGCGGCUUCCUCUAUAUACUGACCAAAGAGCCAAACCAGAGGGCCAUUCUGCAGAGCCUGCUGGAGGGGACACAGGGCCUGGAGCGAUGCAGCAUCCAUACUGUACAGGUGGAGACAGAGGCUUUCGCGGUUCGGCUGGAGUCUGAUGGAGGCGUCUGAAUGGAGAGGGGGCCAGAUGACAACCGGUUGGCGAGACAUGGAGCCCAGGAUGUGAAGG